AUGGCAUUGAAUCUCACUAAGUUCAACACAACUGUCAAUGAAUUGACUUCCAUUGAAAUUGAUUUUGCUGAUGAGAUUUAUGUCAUAAUUCUUUUGGUAUCCCUAUCAAGUAGCUGGAAGCUCAUGAGGGCAGUGGAAAGCUUUGUUGACAUGGGAACUAACAGAAAGAGAAGGGUGAAGGCCUUGGAACCACAUUCAGAGAUUGAUACGAGCAAGGGUUGUAAUGGAGUUGAGAAAUCUAGAAAGAAAAGUGUUCAGCAAGAGUUUCACAAAGCAACGGGCAGGGAAAAGGAUCUAUGUUUUAUACUUGCUUUUGAUCUUCUAAUUUUAGGAAAAAUUGAAAAAGAUGAACAUUCAUCACUUUCUGGCUCGGGUGAAGCAUUAUCUUUGAGGUUUGAAACAGGAACUACAAAUUUUGUGGAAGAAAUUACAAAGUUACCUGGACUUGACCUUAAUACAGGAGAAAGACUCCAUCCUUCCGCUAAGAUUAAGUUGCAGCUUUUUCCAAUAAAUGAAAACACUCGUCUAGGGUUAGAAAAGGAUGGAUUUCAUCCAUACUUGGAACUAACUUUAAGUGUUAGGAAGAAGAUAUCUUCUGUACUUAAGCACCUAGAUAGCAAGUGGGGCAGUUCAAGCAUUGCUGUUGGGGAGCCCAUGCUUUCCCCAUAUAAUAUAGCUGAAAAUCUGGCCAGUUACAGGUGGACGAGAAAUGACACUUGCAUCAGUGCCAGGGAUGUCUAUGCAACAAUUGGAAGCCCAGCUGUGUUUCGCUUAAGGUAUGGAUGGACGUCUGGUCUUGAAACAAAUACCCUGAGACAGCCUCCUGCAUUGGCUCCCUUCGAAGCCUCUUCAAAACUUGAAGAUGUACAAAAAGGUUGCAAUACUCACAUGCAGAAUACAUAUGGCAAUGGUGAAAUAACUGAGGUAACAAAUGAAGAGCGUGAAAAACAAAUCAUUAUUAGUCGAGAAUCAAAUGCAGUUGCUGCCGAGAAGAUGCCAUCUAAUGGAGCGGUUGAUUCUAUGGAUAACGAAGUGAGGAUGGAUAGUGGCAUUAGGCAAUCAUUGGCAAUGUGGGCAGAUAGUGUAACGAACAUUAGCAUAUGAGGCCUGCUGUCAGAAGCAUCAUUGCAGGGCAGGUUCAAUAAUUGUGAUCCAAAAUCAAAUGGGAUCACUGCAGCGUUGCAAUCAUCUCAAUUAAUCUCUGAUUCAUUUGAUGCUUUCGUUGCCUACCAAAUGAAUCCCUCUCAAAAUCCAAGGCCGCCACCUCAGGACUCACAUUCCUCGAUUUUGGAUGCUGAAGAUACAUGCCAUGCAUUUCCAUUUCAAAAGUUUUCUUCUUUGGGCAAAGAUGCUAUAGCUUCUGGUGGGAGUGCUUAUUCUCAUGCUGGCAGUCAGGACACCGGUUCUAAGUCAUUCAAACAUCCCAAUCCAAUGGAGGUCAAUAAUAUUCAAUUACAAGGCCAGGCUUGCCAACAAUCAGACACAGACUUACUAGUUUGCUCGCGAGUAUUUAAUGAUGAAAGCAGCCUG